AUGUCGGACAAUAUCCUGAUCCCAGUCCCGCAUUUCCAUGUCGAGCUCGCCGCCCUCGAUGCUCUACAUCCGGUUCACUACAGCCGCCGCCUUCUCAUCUUUCGCUGUGCGUCACUUUCUCAGCGGGAUGCUCAGCUGGCCGCCUUGAAGGUUGGCUUACAAGCCCUUGGCUUGCGGUGUGCUAUCUUGGGUGGCAUCGUCACUCCUCUACAACCUGCAGAGCUCAAUGGGACCAAUUCCAGUCCGGACUGGCGCACGAUCCGCCCUGACCGUGGCAUUGAACUGGUGGUGAAAGACCUCAGCGAGGAAUUGCCUUGUUUCGAGGAGCUUCAAGCGUCCGGGUUUCCGAUCACUCGACUCACCUAUGACCUGCUUGUGCCUGUGCCUCAGGACAUUGGCAAUGACAGGCCUUACGCUGCCUGCAAGAUCCAGUUCAGCACAAUCAAAGGCGGUGCUAUCCUCACGUGGGCAAUGUCACACUGUGUGGCUGACGGCAGCGGGAACAACGAGCUGAUGCGCGUCCUGAGUGAGGCUACGAAGCUCGCACAAGGGUGCGCUACGGACGACGUGCUCGCACAGGCUGCCGCCUCGACGCAGAUGGGGUUGGAUCGGAGAAUCAUGCGUGGCAUGUCGAGCGAGAUUCCAUUCAGGAUAGAAGAUCAUCCGGGAUAUAUGGCCAACCCGCCAAACCUGCCACCCAGCCAUCCUUUCGAGGCCACGUCGGCCGAGGUGUCUGUGCUGUUCUACAUCCCCGCAACUCGUGUAGCGCAGCUCAAAGCCGAUGCCACACAGCCGGGCGCACCACCGAUUUCGACACACGAUGCAAUAUGCGCCCUGAUAUGGCGGAGUCUCAUCCUGAUACGCAGCCAACGUCCCGCCGGAGCUCGGAACGUCCCCGCAUCCACGAUAACCAACCUAUUCAUGCCCUCGGAUGCCCGCCGCCACCUGGAUCUCCCGCCGUCAUACGUCGGCAACGCCGUCUACCAACUCUCCGUCUCACUCGAGCUCGGCACCCUCCUCGCCCCGCGUUCCGGGCUGCAGGAAGCUGCCAGCGCGGUCCGUGGCGCUAUCACAGCCGUCACUCCUCCUCUCGUCCGCAGUGUCAUCGCCGAAACGAACGAGAGAUGGGUGGAUUGGGCAUUUCUGAGCAGUUACACGUCGACCGGAGUGGCCAUGGGCACAGACUGGACGAGCUCGGCGCUCUAUCAACAGGAUUGGGGCACCGCAUUCGGUGGAGCCCCAGUGAGGUACAGAUAUCCCAGCGAGCCCGGGGUGAAUUGCAUCAUGCCCAAAUUGCCAGACGGCGCUGCAGAGGUGAUAGUGAGUGUAAUGGAAGGCGAAGUGGACAGGUUAAGCAGCGAGGAAUGUUUUGGGAAGUACAUCGAGCAGCCCCUCAAGAGUUGA